AUGCCUUUCCCUGCUGAAGCCCCUACCACUAUCCCGUUGUCUUGGAAGCAAAAGCAGCGGGUGUGCGUCAACGCUGGCCUUCGCUGCAUGAAUGCGCCAAUGGUGUUGCUGUCUCUUUGCAGCAUGGUGUUUUCGCUCCCGCAUUUGAAGUGGGAUGAGCCUAUAGAUCACUUGGAGCUCUUCGCGGGGGUGUGCAGCAUCAGCCGCGGUGAGUGGGAGGAUUUUGGGGGUAAGCCAGAGGCUGUGGAUUUCAACGACUUUGCGGACAGGACCUUGAAGCCGCCCAACAAGAAGAAGCUGGUGGUCAAGUACAAAGACUCCAAGGGCAAGAACAGAAUCAAAGGAAGUGGCGCCCUAAAAGCGAGCGAAGCCUAUCCACGAAUGCUCGGAAAAGGAGUGGCUCGCGUCACCACCAGGUAUCGAAUGCGGCACCACCGGGAAGCGCGGCAGUUCCUGCGUGCAGCGCUGAGGGAUGACAGGGCUGCUGCAGAAAGCAGUUCUAGGGUCAACAAGUUCUGGGUUGACCAGGCCAACCUGACACCUGUGCUGGCAUACUUAGGCCAGCAGUAG